AUGGAAUGUCGUUUUGUUCAACGUGCCGAUCAUCAUUAUAAACAUAAACGAAAACUAAAUAAUGUUAGUGUUAAAAAAUCACGUGAAAAAUCUCGUCGUGAACGUGAAGAAACUAUUGAAUCAAUAAAUCAAUUACAAGAAGAUAAUGAAAAAUUACUACAAAAUUUACAAGCAUUAAAACAAGAAUAUGAACAAUUACGAAAUUUAUUUCAACAACAUACUGGAAUCGAUAUUAAUCAAAUGAUUUCAUCCGAAUCAAAAACAACAUCGGAUUUAUCAACAUCAUCAAUUCCAUCAAGAGAAGAAUCCACAAAAAAUGCAUCAAAACCAGUAUUAACAAUAAAUACAACUGAAGAUCAAUCGUCAUCAAGUCAUCAACUAGAUGUAAAUAAUCUAGAUGGAUCUAUUGUACUUAUCAAUGGAGUUCAAUAUAAAAUUAUGAGCAUUGAUAAAAAUUAA